CCAGCCGGCAGUCAAGCGGCGGCUACCAUGAGGUCGUGUGGUGUACUGGUGUUGCUGGUGGUUGCCUCGUGUGGCGCGGCAGUCGAGGAGUUCCGAGUGGUCUACGAAUGGUUCAAGUUGGACUUUGAGUGGCAAAACUCCCAAGCGAAAUUUGAGGCAUAUGCUAGGAGGAUGUACAAUCCGAAGAAUAAUAUAAUCCAGAAUAUUAAGAUUUGGGAGGAAACCGCUUUCUUAACUCUUCCGAGGUCUAAAUCCGGCGUACCUGCUACUCUAGUGACAGUGUCUUCUGUACCGAUGAGCAACAGCGCUUCUCCAAGACUCCAGCCUUUCCCAUCGUGGUCUUUCCAAGAGGUGGGUGACUGCAAUUCCCUCCAGAACGUCCAAGCUAUAGAGAUAGACCCUGAUGGAUUUCUGUGGGUCGCUGACUCAGGUACCAUCGAGGAACUUCGUGAGUUCGGCGAGCCAGACAACAAAUGUCCUCCUAAGUUGGUGAUCUUUGACAUCAAGAAACGUGAACUGGUGUCUGAGUUCGAGUUCUCCCGUGAACUCCUCCGUCCAGCUUCUAUCCUGACCGACAUUGUCAUCGACCCCAGAGGAAACAAGACUGCGUACAUAAGUGCCGUCAACGAUUUCGAUGCUUCGAUCAUCGUUUAUAAGAACGAGACGAAAUCUGCGAUUAAAGUCGAGGGCCUUCCGAGAGUAAAACCGACUUCUGUCAUCGUGAACGGAACUGAAGUGCCAUUGAAGUUGAACAAACUCUCUUUAGCCCUAUCAGUCUGGCAGGAAACUCUCUACUUCAAUCCUUCAUGGGAAGAGAUGUUAUACUCCGUCAAAGUUCAAGAUCUCCAAAGCGACGUAUCUUCCUUCAUUAAACCCAUCGGAAGCCUCCAGGGGUUAUCCUACGCGCUCAUCCUGGAUUCCAAACAGAACCUCUACUACACGAUCCUGGAGAAGGACUCCCUGGGAAAAUGGAAUACCUCCAGGAGGUUCGAGGACUUCAGCAGGAUCAUCACGGAAGACAACUCAUUCCUCCAGUUUCCCAGCAGCUUCGCCUUCGACGCUUCCGAAAACCUUUGGGUCCUCUCGAACCGCUUCCAGACGUACCUCAAUGGAGAUGUGAAUCUAGAGGUUCCCAACUUCCGGUUGAUCAGAGCCUACACAAGAAGUAACUCAUAUAUGUACGCCCCUCAGCCGGCCAGCUCAGCGAAGUCUAUAGCGUCAACCGCCUGUUUUGUUAUCUUACUAGUUUUAGUUGCCUUGAGGUAAGAGUUCGAGUAAGCGGUUUUUAACUUUGAUCAUCAUAACAACUAUCUUAGAUACUUUAAAUUUGGUUUAAAAUAGUGUUAUAAAUACACAAAAUAACUAUUAUAAAUCAAUUUAAAUUUUAUUUUAAAACUUCUUCAUUAAUCAUAAAUGAUUACUACACUGAUUUUUAAAUAGCAUUAAUUAUUUUAAAUUGUAAUAACUUAUAAUUGUUUAAUAGUACAUGUAAAUAGUAGUAUUACUGUUCACUGUGUUGUAUAUUGUUGUAAAGUAACAGUUUUUGUACAGUAUUAACAAUAAAUGUUUAUUAUUUGUUACCGU